AUGGCGGCGGCGCUGAGGCUCGGGGUCCUCAUCCUUCUCCUGGCGCCGCUCCGGGCAGCAGAGCCGAGCGCGGAGCCCGUCCCCGAGCCCAUGACCAGCGCGGCGGGUCCCGCGGCGCCAGCAGAGACCCGCGCUGCCUCCCGGGCGCGCACCCGCAGCGGGCCGGCCCCGGUCACGGACGUUGCCAAGCUGUGUGUUUGUGAUCUGUUAGUGGCACAGUGUGAUGUAAAUUGCUGCUGUGACCCUGAUUGCAGUGCAGCUGAUUUCAGUCUCUUUACUACAUGUUCAGUUCCUAUUGUCACAGGUGACAGCCGUCUUUGUAGUCAGAAAGCUGCUAUAUAUUCGCUUGAUGUUGAAGCAAAUCCACCAGAAAGGAUAUUUAAAUUAAUUGACCAAGUCAAUCCCAGUGUUUUCUGCAUUCGUGCUACAAACUAUAAACAAGCACUCUCCUUCAGUUCCCCUGAAAUGCCUACUUCUGAAAAUUUUGAUCAGUUGCUUAAACAGUUUGGAAGUGCUUCUUUCAGUGCUGAGCCUGACAGCUGGAAUAUGAACACAGGUGCUCAAAAUCCUUCUGAUGCGAAUGAAAGUUACAGAUACGAGUAUGGUGUUCCUAUACAGACAGUGGAUGAAUUUCUAAGACUACCUAGUCCUGUUGUCUCCUCUUGGUGCUCGGAUGCAAAUCCUGCAGGGUUUUUAGUAAAUCAGGCUACGAAAUGCACUAGAUCAGUAAGUGUGGAAAAAUGUGACAACAUUCAAGCGGUUAGUAUGCUGUUCUAUAUCAACUCCAGCAUUUUAGCAGUGCCCAAAUCAAGUCAGAUGGUUAAUAUUACUGUCCAGUCCAUAGUUGUCCAGUCUCUGAAUGGAAUGCGGAAUUUACUUAAUGGUAGUGAUGUCCUCAGGCUCCCUAUGAUUUUGGAUGAACUGUGCAUAAAUAUAGUUCUUGGGGUGAGUUAUCACAUUACAUACACAGAUGCAGGAGAAAUAAUAGAAGCAGCUGCUUCUUUUGUCUUGGGGGCAAUUAACAAAGAAGCACUUUCAGUACAGCAGAGCUUUGAAAUCAGCUUUACUCAGGUAAAUACAAAGCCAGUUCCUCUCAGUGGUAAUCCUGGUUAUGUUGUUGGACUCCCUAUAAGAGCAGGCUUCCGGCCACAAGGAUCUGGCAUCAUUCAGAAUACUAACAAAUACAGUCAACUUACCAUUCUGCAAAGUACAUCCAACCAGGACUGUCUGGCAGCACAGGGAGCCAGAACCCCAAUAUUAUUUGGUUAUAACAUGAUAUCAGGCUGUAAGUUACGAAUUACAGCAGCUAUGAAAUGCCAGCCCUUGACUCAGAGCCUCCUAGAUUUACUGAAGGGACAAAGCUUUCCUGAAUACGUGGCCUCAUUUGGAAAUUCUCAAGCCCGGGAUGUGCUCGACUGGGUGCCGAUAACUCACCUCCAGACCUCAGAACAGAGCUCAUGCCAAAUACCAGUAUCACUUGAAAUAGAAGUGAAGUGGACUAAAUAUGGAUCCCUAGUCAAUCCUCAAGCCAGAAUAGUGAACGUUACAGCAACGAUCACUACCACCACAGUGAAGCAGCUUCCCCCAGGAAGGGAAAGGACUAUUCCUAUAACAAGUUCUGUUGUUUUCACCAAUAUUUCUUCACCUGCAGAGCCAGGCUAUAAAGCUUGGCCCACCAUUAAUGCCAAGUUACCCUUUGAUUUUUUCUUUCCAUUUGUCUAAGUGAUGCUUUCGGAAAAGCUCAAUGACCCUUCCAGCUGACUCUGGCUGAAAUCAAUUGGAGAUGCCUGCUACAGUCAACACCUUUCAGAAUUCCCACUUACAGAAUCUCACUCUUCAGCUAUAAAAUAGUCUCUCCACAGGGAGCUUCUAGUACCUGAAAAAGUUCACGUUGUGUUCAAACACCAGCCUGGUCCUUUAGAAUAUGCUUUCUAAUGGCUUUUCUGGAGUCUAACUGUUCCCAGCAGUCCACUCAUCUACAUCUGUUCUUAUAUAUUCUAAUUCUUUUAAUGUGUUGAUUUAUGAGCUGUGGAAACAAAGAACUUUGUGGCCCAGCGGGCUGCAAACGAACACUUAAAAUGGAAGACGAGAUGAGAGAACGCAGUAUCAGAACUGAAAUCUGCUGUUGAGAACAAGGCAUUGUUUGACGUAAGAUGGCACACGUUUGCCUCUAUUUUGGUGCUGAUUUGAUUGUCAACUAAAGGAGUGGUGUGUUGGUAUUUUUGAAAUGAACGUUAUUUAUAUAACAAAGUGGCACAAGCGGCAACAGAAAUGAGGAAACUACCAACAAUAUGAAAAGAACGGUUGGCAAAUACUAAUGAUGAACGGUCAGCUUGUAGAGAAGAAAUGACCUUUUCAGCCUGGGUUCUUAUCAUUUGUACUGCAAGUUUCUACAAGAUGUUGCAAACAAAGAACGUUAUCAUGGAAAAAUGAAAUUAUUUAAAAUAAGUGGUACUUUUGUGGAUGUGUAGCUUGUA